UGUAUUUUUUAUUCAAUACUCUCUUCUCUUGGAGUGUUACUGAAAUAAAGAAAUGGCUUUUAUAUACAGUCUUAUGUUUAGAAACAUUAUUGAAUUAUUUUUAAUAUUUGCCAUAUUGGUUUGGAUAUUAUACAUAGAUGUAUUGGCAACAAGAUGGAGAAAUAGAUUAAUGGGCAGAAUAAAAACUCGAGAAUAGGCCCACUAAGAUUGGAAAACGAAUUUUCAACAAAGGCACAAAAGCAAGUCUUUGAAAAACAAUAGUCUUUUUAAUGUACGAUUCUGGGAAAAGGCACAUGUUUGUGGAAAAAAAGAAGUGCAUUAUACAUCCCACCACACACAAAAUAAUGUAAAAUAAAUCAUAGAACUUAAAAUGUACAAAAAUGAAACUAUAAAAUUUCUAGAGGAUAACAUAGGAGAAAAUCUUGAGAUUGGAAAAGAUUUCUUAAAUAUGACAUCAAAAGCAUGUCCAUGAAGGAACAAACUGAUUAAUUAUACUUCAUUAGGUGUUGUAUAUGCCAAAAAAUGAUCCAAUUAUAUGCUUCAAGUGUAUGCACUGUGUUGUAUUUGUGUCCCAAUCACUCUGUCUAAAGAUAACAAGAGAAUCUGUCCUGUUCUCUGAGAAUUCCAGAGGCAUUGCAUACCCUAUGAAGACACGCUUACCAAGAGCAGUGACCAUCUUCAUAAAAGGGUCUUGCUUCUAUUUCAUUGAAAUCUCUUCCAUUGUACUGAAAACAUUUUGUUUACCUUCCCUUUAAAUUAACAACUCAUUUUGUUUUAUUUGGUUUUUAAUCUUGUAUGUUUUGAUUUCUUGUAGGCUGAUCCCAAAGUUGUGAGAUGGAGAAUCAAUAUAAGGCGAUCCUGUUGCUGAAAGGCUUGGAUCUCAUUACCCAUGAGGAACUGGAUAGGUUUAAGUUCUUUGUUCCAGAUGAGUUCAGUAUGCCUGGGGGCAAACUAGAAACUUCAAGCAGGACAGAGGUAGCUAACUGGAUGAUUCAAAAUGCUGGUGUGGUGCCCACGGUGAUGAAGACCAUUUGUAUUUUGCAGAAGUUGAAUUACAUGAAUGGGGCAAAAUGUCUUCAGGAAGAGAAGGAGAAAGUUACCAAGCAGUACAAAUCAACCAAAAAACCAAAGACUACUCAAACUGGAACUGGUCCUGUUGCCUCUGCAGAUGUCAGAAAUGAGGCCUUGGCACAAUGCGCUGCACCAGAUGUCUCUCCUCUCAAGCCUGUACAGAAGCAGACGGUGGCCCACCAGGAAUCUGUCCAAGAAGGAGAGUUGCAGAAAGGCCCUUUGACAGUCUUGGUUCUGAAAGCAAUGGAGCCCUUUGAGUGUGAGACCCAAGAAGGCAACCGAGAGAUGAUGUUUCAUGCUACAGUGGCUACGGAGACAGAAUUCUUUUUUGUAAAAGUGUUCAAAACACAGCUAAAAGAUAUAUUCACCCCAAAGAGAAUAAUUGUGAUGUCAAAAUAUUAUUGGCACAGUGGUUUCCCGGAGGGGACUAGUACCUUGCUUAUGUCUGAUGCUAAAUCUAACCAAACGAUCUGUGUCCAGAAGAACAUUAGGAGAAAAGCUGGUGAAACCCCAAAGAUCAAGCUUCAAAGUCAGCCCAUUGGAACAAUGGUGAAUGGGCUGUUUGUAGUCCAGAAAAAAACAGAAAAGGAGAAUGGUAUAUUAUUUAACAUAAAUGACAACACAGGGAGCAUGAAAGUAUUGGUGCUUGGAAAACAGGACACAAACUUUGAGGAAGGGGAUAAACUUCAGCUUACAUUCUUUGAGCUGUUAAAAAGUAGAGGAAAACUACAGCUGAAAUCUGGAAUUCAUAGCCACAUAAAGGUUAUUAAAACCAAAAAGAAAUGAGAAGGACCAAUUCAAGAAAACGUGAUCCAGCUUCUUCCACCAGCUCGUGAGGGAGCUGAGAGCAGCAGUUCACAGGCUCUUCCCCCACAAAAAUAGGAUUACAAGGGGAUGAUUCCUGGAUAAACAACUCCAAAAUUAUCAACAUAUUAUCACAAUAAAAGUUAAUUUCUCAUUCAUCACAGCCUUAUGGUCUGGUUUAGUUUGCCAAUCUCCGGUCUCAAGCUGAGAGACUAGCAAUGUAUUGGGUGUUGAUAGCAUAUUUGAAAGUAAAUAUAUCUGAGAGUUGGGGAAGAUGGCAGAUUAGAAGCAGCCCAUGCAUGUACCACUCUUAAGGAGAGGAUCAGAAGUUUUAGGCAGAUUCCUACCUACCGAUGGCUCUUCUUGGAAAGAACAUUGUAAAACCUGCAGAACCUGCAGAGUAGUGAAGAAGUGACACAGAACCUGCAGAGUAAAGGAGACGGUAAUGGGGUGAUUCAUUCAGUAAGGUUGAAGUUAUCUGUGAGGAAGCAUCCACCACGGGAAGGGUCAGAAGAUAGAGCCCUGGGGCUCCAGGCUCACCUCCUCACCUCUCAGGCAUGGCGGCCCCAGCUCUGAGGGGGUCCCUCCACCACCACAGACCUCUGGGCUGAUC